AUGGAAGCAGAUCUUGGCACAGCUGCGGGAAUCCAUGCUCUUCGAAGCAUGUGCAAGAAGGACAUGUCAAUCUGGGAAGGCCUUUACACGGAGAUGGAGAAGCUGUUGGCAGAUGCCAAACGAAAAGCUUCUGAGAAUAGUCUCAAAAGGGUAUUUCAAUCGGAGAAGGACGCUCUAGAGCUCCUUGCUUCGAAGGCGAACAAAGACGGCAAGUUGCUCUCGCAGAUCCCACCGGCUCUAAGGCAACAACUCUUGGAAUCAAACGCAGCGCUUCUGAAAUCUGCAGUGCAUCCCCUGCUUGCAAAGCUUGUGGAGGCAAUGCGCCGCGAUCCAGAAUGUAGGCGCUCGGCCUGGAAUCUAGAAGGCGUUGACUUUGACUCCAACUACAAGCCCAACACAUGCUGGGCGGCGGCAUCCUGGCAUCCCGGUUCUGUAAGACCGCUGAAGCAUCCCAAGUUGUUGAAGCUCCUAGAGGUCACCGGUGGCCGCGCGGGAACCUACAAACAGAUCGUGAGAUACUUGAAGCGCCUGGCAAGACAGUCUCAGCACGAGGAGUGCGACUCCCCGGUUCUUCGUCUGGAUGCGAAAGAGAAAGAGGGGGCCCAGGAUGAAGCAAAGGGUAUGCCUGUGUCACGUGGAGCAGAGCCAUUUCUGAGGUCCAUACGCUCCAGUCUCUUGUUGGCGGCGGUUGAGCAGGGUAUUCUGCUUCCAAGUGUGGUGGGGAAUUGGCAGGUCGAUGCGGCAUGGCAAAACAAUGAGAAACAGAUCCGCUACAAGAUCUGUUUGGAGCCGGGACCUGGAGGUGUCCUGACGGGCAAGUCCUUCUUGAAGAACGUCACAGAGGUCAGUGCAGAAAUCAUAGGCUCCAGGUUAAAGAUUACACAGAUGACGGCUGACACGGUCUAUGAUUGCGUCUGUGAUGUCUCCGAGGACAAGAAUCGCUGGAUGCACGGCACAUGGGAAAGCCGCAAAAUUGGCAGUCAUGGAACGAGGCAGUUUCAGGGUACCUUCACAGCUUCGAGGCUGGGUGCGGUGCGAUACGUGGAUGGUCACCUGGAGGAGUGGGAUGAGAUGACCUCUCUGGUCGUGGCUUUCGCGCGCUUAAGUGAGGGCCCCGUUCGUUCGGGUGAGGUGAGCGACGUGGGGGCCGUGCUGAAAGAUCUCGUGGACUCGCGAGCUGAGGACUCCUCCAAGGCGGCAUUUGCCGAAGAUCUGACGUGGCUGAUGGCAGACCCCUGGAUGUGGCAGCUGCUGCUAUUAAUACUCAUGAACUGGAGCCAAACACAGAAAAAGCGACCCUUCCCUCAGGCAGCUGCUGCCCUGUACUUGCUGCACUGUAGUGCUGCUUCUCUUGACAACAAGAAGGGAGACAUUCUCAGAAAGCCGCCCUCCGAGGACGAAUUCGCAACUCUGGGCUUGAAUAUACAGGAUAUUACAGCAGCACUCUACAGCAUCGCGAAGCCGAAGGUCUUCGUCAACGAGCACGGCGAAGCAUGUGGCCAGACUAUGCCAUUCCUCUGUCAUGACAACUCCGUAGAUGCAGAUUUUCGUCCUGCUCUUGAGCGAGCAAUGCAGCAUGCUCAAGGCCUUGAUGGCGAAGUCAAAGCAUCCGCUGUCACCACGCUAAGGCUUCUGCUUGCAUCCAUGGCGGGCCGCGCUUGCUACCUGAGGAAAAGCCAACGUCUUGCGACCUGUAUGGAACUGGCUGCCGAAUGGCACCUAACCGAGGGCUCUGAUUGGGUCCUGCAGCUGUACGUAGACUGGCUCAUGAACACCACCUACCAUCGCCACUGGAAGCUGGAGCCAUACUUGUACGAACCGCUGGUUGAAGGAUUCACGAAAAUGGCGGCAAAAGAUGCGAUGAUUCAUUUUCGGCUGCUUGUUUUUUUGGAGGUCUGGUCCCGAGCCACGCACUGCGGUCAGAUACGCCCGGAUUAUAUUCGAAAGUGCUUCCAUGAAGAUCUCCCCGCCCGCGGCUGCUUCGAAGAUGCUCAUUAUGCCUGGAAGGAGCAUCUGGCAUGCUUGUACUAUGUGAACUCUUACAAGUCCGACUGGAAUCCUUCGGAAUCAAUCACUGCACUAGACACCCGCUUUCCUGUGUCCUAUCUCAAAGGCUGCUACGAGCAGAAGUCCUCCGAGGACCCGCAGUCCAAGUCUGCGGCUGUCUUCCUUCGGAGGGAAGGCGAAUGGUUGGUGGAAGUCCCGGUCUUGCCGGCGCCUCCGAAAAGAAGGAGGACCUCGUCUCUGCGCAAUCCCUGA